GCACAGGUUGCACAAUCCCUCUUGUGUGCUGUAAAAUGUUUUUGGCGCGUGUCGUGAUCUCGUGCACAGGUUGCACAAUCCCUCUUGUUAAGCUGUGCCCCAAUGACAGUGUUUUUCAUGCAACAAGUAGACUGUUUCCGCACUCCUAAAAAUAAAGGCGCUCGAAAAGGUUCUCUAGAGUGAUGCUGAGAUUCUUAAAGAUCCUUUCGGUUAAUGGAUGUUCAACCACAGAGAACCCAGUAACCCUGCCAUAAACGUUGCCAUUUUGUUGAAGAAAAGGAUUGUUCGGUUUUAUGGCAUCACUUUAGAGAAUACAUUUCCUGGGUUCCUAAAGAACAUUUUGGCUCCUCCCCCUCCCCGUCUUUCUCUCCCCGCCCCCUCCACCUCCUCCUCUAUGCUCAGCUCGGUGUGCGUCUCCUCUUUCAGAGGGCGCAAGGGUGGCAGCAAGUCGUGCGCCAAAGCAUGCGCGAGCGCCGACAUGACUUGCCCGUCGGACAGCGAGCGCAUCGUGAUCAACUGCGGCGGCGUGCGGCACGAGACCUACCGCAGCACGCUCCGCACGCUACCCGGCACGCGCCUCUCCUGGCUCACUGAGCCCGAUGCAUGCAGUAACUUCGACUACGACCCCAAGUCGGACGAGUUCUUCUUCGACCGGCACCCGAGCACGUUCGCCUUCAUCCUCAACUAUUACCGCACCGGCAAGCUGCACUGUCCCGGCGAUGUGUGCGGCCCGCUCUUCGAGGAGGAGCUCGCCUUCUGGGGCAUCGACGAGACGGACGUGGAGGCGUGCUGCUGGAUGAACUACCGGCAGCACCGCGACGCCGAGGAGGCGCUCGACAGUUUCGAGACGCCCGAGCCGGACGCGCCGGAGGAUGAAGCUGCGGCGCUUGCCGGUGGCGGCGGAGGGGGCGGAGCCGACGGAGACCUCAAGCGACUCUGCCUGCACGAGGACGGCGGCAAGAAGAGCUGGUGGAGCGUGUGGCAGCCGCGCGUCUGGGCGCUCUUCGAGGACCCGUACUCAUCCAAAUACGCGCGGUACGUGGCGUUCGGCUCACUCUUCUUCAUCCUCAUCUCCAUCUCGACGUUCUGCUUGGAGACGCACGAGGCGUUCAACACCAUCUACAACCGUACAGAGAACGUGACGGUGGGCAACGUGACGCGCGAGGAAUUGAUGUUCGAGGUGGUGACGGACAGCUGGCUGACGUACGUGGAAGGCGUGUGCGUAAUAUGGUUCACCAUUGAGGUGUUCACGCGCGUCAUCUUCUGCCCCGACAAGGCCGAGUUCUUCAAGAGCUCGCUCAACAUCAUUGACUUUGUGGCCAUCCUGCCCUUCUACCUGGAGGUGGCGCUCAGCGGCCUCUCGGCCAAGGCUGCCAAGGACGUGCUGGGCUUUCUGCGCGUCGUCCGCUUCGUCCGGAUCUUGAGGAUCUUCAAGCUCACGCGCCAUUUCGUCGGGCUCCGUGUGCUGGGCCACACUCUGCGCGCCAGCACCAACGAGUUCCUUCUCCUAAUCAUCUUCCUGGCACUCGGGGUGCUCAUCUUCGCCACCAUGAUUUACUAUGCCGAGAGGAUCGGCGCUGACCCGGGUGACCCCACGGCCAGCGCCCACACCUCAUUCAAGAACAUCCCUAUCGGGUUCUGGUGGGCUGUGGUCACCAUGACUACGCUGGGCUACGGCGAUAUGUACCCUGAGACAUGGUCGGGCAUGUUGGUUGGCGCUCUGUGUGCCCUGGCUGGCGUGCUCACCAUCGCUAUGCCUGUGCCCGUCAUCGUCAACAACUUCGGCAUGUACUACUCGCUGGCCAUGGCCAAGCAGAAGCUGCCCAAGAAGAAGAAUAAACACAUCCCACGAGCCCCGCAGCCCGGCUCGCCCAAUUACUGCAAGCCCGAUGCUCUUGCCAUGGCCACUGCCUCGCCGCACAGGAUCAUGGGUAAUGUGCUGGGCGGCAGCAUAGCAGGGGACUGCCCCCUGGCACAGGAAGAGAUCAUCGAGAUCAACAGAGCAGACUCAAAGCAGAACGGGGACGCGGCUAACGCAGCCCUGGCUAACGAGGACUGCCCCACAAUAGACCAGGUGCUGGGGCCGGACGACAGGAGUCCGGCAACGGGGACUGGGCGCUACCCGCAUGACCGCGCCUGCUUCCUGCUCAGUGCUGGCGAGUUCCGCACCACCGACAGCAAUGUCAGGAAAGGUUGUGUCGUGUCAUGCGUUUCUGCUGGCUACGAAAAAUCCCGAAGCCUGAACAACAUUUCCGGGAUGACGGGCGCUCCUCUGCGUUUGACCCCCAUCACUCCCAUCAACAGUGCCCCCUACGAACCCUACGACUCUCCUGGACCUCUCCGCCGUUGCCGUUCCCCGAUCCCGUCCAUUUUGUAGCACAGACGCAGACAGGAAACAACAAAAACACGCACCAAAAUAGAGACUCCCCAAAUGCACCAUGAAGCGAUAGCAGCAUUAAUACUAGUGAUAAUGAUGAUAACUGUUCACAAUGUAGCACAGAAUGGGCUCGGGGGGUUAAAGGUCACGCUAUUCACUAUCUCAUGCCGUAGAGUGGGUGGGAGGGUGGGUGGGAAUUGGCUGUAAGAUCCCCUGGCUUUAAGUGUUGAAGAAAUUUCACUAACUAAACUAAGCUUAAAGCCGCAAUUACAAAGACAAAAGUACAGGCUUAUAUCAGCAAUAUUAAAACUAUAGAUAUAAAUCACUGGCUUCAUGAACAGAAAAUAAGGUUAUUUCUAUGCUAACCAUCAUUUAGUAAUUUAGUGAGCCGUCAGUUAACGGCUUUCCCCAUGCCUGAUUGCUGGAAUUAUAGAUCUUUUGCGCGGUACACGCAUACCGAGAGCCUUCCUGCAGGUUUCAGGCUUCAAAGUGAACUCAUCCGAUAGCAAAGCUUGGAAUGAUGCUGUCAUCGAACUUAGGCAACUCUAGUGCAUGCAAGUAUAACUAAAUAAAUCACCAAGUAAACGAAUAUUCGUAAGAUUUGCCUUGAAAUAUUCAAAGGAUAUACUCAUCUGGAUCUUCGGAGAGGUAUUUUUCACGACAGUGAAGCAGGCGACAUGGAUUCAUUUUUGGUUAAACACCACCCCGAAAUUUACACAACGAGGACAGGUUCAUCGUCUCAUCAGCACGUUGCGUCACAGACUCAGAAACGUUCGUUUUUAAUACAGUUAUUAUCAUUAUCAAUUCAAGGAUGUGCAAUACAGCCUGUCAGCGAGCGCCUGAGGAAAAAAGGAAGCGCACAUUUACAGUAAGAAGUACUCUAUUUUUGUAUAAGGCUUUGGGACACUGCAAUACGAACCGGGUGGGUGUCGAAACUUGGGUUUCUGGAUGGACAGGACGAGGACAUCAAGUCCAUGUAAAUUUGCUAUAUAGUGUCAGUACUAUUUAACCACGAAAGCGUGGCCAACUGGGUGGGGGGUGGGGGGUGGGGGGUGUGCGGAGUGGUGGUUGAGUAAAAGGAAAAGGAGUCGUCUAAUCCAGGGCCUGUGACCUUCUGCACUGCUUCAGGAGGCUCCCCGGUACUCCCCCUUUCUCAAUACUAGUGCAUGAAGGGAAUGUCAUACUCUACAAUCUCCUUCUUCCUACAUUACUUGAUCAUAAAUACGACAUAUCAAGACAAUAAGAAGUCGAGCUGGGGUGCUGAGGAACCGAAAUCUGAAGAAGAAAAAAAACCCUGAAACCCUCUUCAUCCUACUGUUCAUCAUCAUCAUCAUCAUCAUCAUCAUUCUCAUUAUUAUGACCAUCCACCUGAUUACUGUGAUUCCUAUAGUUUGAAUGCAGUAAGUUUUUUACGUUCCCCUUUUUUUAUUUCCCACUUGUUUCUUUCUUUCCUCCUUUUGUUCUUUCUUUUUUUUCUUCUGUUCCCUUUUUUUUUGCCUGCUCUAUCUCUCGGAUGCCGAUCUUCCCUUUCUGCCAAAAAAAAAAAAAAAAAAAGGAGGGAACGUUGACUGGAUGCUGGACUGACAAGCGGUCAGUAGGAGAAGAAAAAUAAAGACUUAAUGCUGAAAGUGACAAAGAGAGAGAGAGAGAGAGAUAUGUGUGUGUACCUGGAGAUAUUUUGAUGCCAGAUCUAAGCAUGUCUCUACACUGUUAAUGAAAUCUUCACUGCAAUGAUGGCUUAGAAAUUUAUUUUCACCCCUUUUUUUUUCCUCCUCUGUGUGAACGAAUGUAAAGGAACUGUCAGUAGCACUCACUUUAAUUGUGAUCCUGCAACAGAUGCUCAUCAUCCACUGUUCUAGUUAAACAGAGCUAUAUGAAUCUUAUUUUUGUAUUUCAAAACAUUUUAGGCAUUGCUGUUAUUUAAUAUGUAAUGCUUUGUAUAAUUUUACAUUCACCUGUGACUGAUGUGUGUGUGUGUGUGUGUGUGUGUGUCCCUCCUUUUAUUUCGUGGUGCCUGCCUUACUCAUCCCUCUUCCCUUUCCCCACACUCCACUCAAACACACACUCAGUGCUAGAACGAGUCAAAACGUGGAAGUAAUAGAGUAAUUAGAAAGCGUGACCAAAUCACUCACCAAAAUAAAUGUGUAUGAACAUAAGGUUUCAUGCACCGAAUAUUCCCUGCGCAUGCUUUAAACCAGAUCUGCAGAAAUACUGGGUCUUCCUUAUAUGCAAUGUUUUUACGCACAUGAUUAUGACACAGCUGCGCUUGAAGUGGCAGACUCAAAGAGAGCUGAGCAAUAAGAGAUGAAUCACUAUGCCACAGAGGUGGCUUAUAUUCGGUAGUUAUUUUUUAAUAACGUGUGGCCACGAGAUGAUAUACAAAAUGGACGACAUGAGACACCAUUUCAAGGCCACAAGCUAAGUAACAACUGGCUUCAAAUGAUUGGAUUGUAUAUAUAAAAAGCCAAGAUAUAAUAUUUCAAGACCACAAACUAAGCAUCUCAUGCAUCUCAAUUUAUUAUCUUGGUGUUGGGUUACUGCUCAGAAGGUCGUGAGUUCAAUCCCCAGCACCGCCAAGCUGCCACUGCUGGGCCCUUGAGCAAGGCCCUUAAUCGGCAACGGCUCGGAUGUAUAAACGAGAUGAAUGGAACUCGCUCUAGAUAAGUGCGCCUGCCAAAUGCCAUAAAUGUAAACUCCUGACCACAAAUUGUCUAACAUAAUUCUGCGAAUUAAAAUAUGGCUCCAGAACAUUAUCUGGCAGGAACGGCCACGUAAUGGAGACAUGGGGUGAUGCCAGUGACUUCAGUAUGCCUUUAUUCAUCAUUCUAGUACUGAAAUCAAGUGUAAUAAUAUCAAACAUCUCCAUGUUUAUGUUCCAGUGGGCACAGUGCUCAAAUUCAACUGAUUUCUCUGUCUCACCGUCUUACUUUAAAAUACAAUAGAUGCCACAAGCUAAAUAUUUCGUAACCACAAAAUAUCAAACACACUAAUACAAUACUUAAUAUGUUAUCUCGUGGCCAGAGUAUAUUAACAUUCAAUUUAUUAUACUGUGCAAUCGAUAUAUUAUCUCGUGUCUUUUGAUAUAGUGUCUUUGUGGCCUCAAUAUAUCACAUGAUCUCAGUAUACUUUGUCAUGGAUACAGUAUACUUUGUCUUGUGGCCUCGAUCUAUUAUCUUGUGGCCAAAAUAUAUUAUUUCAUUUCCUCUAAAGAUUAUCUCACGGCUUUGAUAUAUUUUCUUUAUCGCCUCCGCGUAUCUCAUGGUUUCAAUUGAUUAUUUAUAUUCAAUUUAUAUUCUCUUGUGGCCACAAUAUAUUAUCUUGAAGUCUCAAUUUAUCUCAUGUCUUUGCUAUUUUAUCUUGUGGCCACAAUAUAUUAUCUCAUGCCUACAGUAUAUUAUCUUGUGGCCUCAAUAUAUUUGUGGUUCUAAUGUGUUAUCUUGUGGCCUUAAUUUAUUAUCUCGGGGCCUGAAUGCAUAUGAUUUUGUGGCCUCAAUUUAUUUAUUUCAUAUGCUGGAUACAUUAUCUUGUGGUCUUAAUAUAUUAUUUUGUGGCCUCAAUAUACCGCGUCAUGGCCUCAAUUUAUUAUCUAUUUGUCUCAGUAUAUUAUCGUGUCGCCAUUUAUUUAUUAUAUCGUGGCCUCGAUAUACAGUAUAUGAUUUUGUGACCUCUGUAUAUUAUCUCAUGGUCUCAAUAUGCUAUCUAGCGGUCUCAAUUGGAUAUCUCAUAUACUCGGUAUAUUAUCUCAUGGUCUCAGUAUAUUCAUUUGUGUCUGCAGCUUAUUUCAAAAAAUAACCAACCAUUUCAUCUCAGUGGCUCCGAGUAGUACAGUUGCGCACAUAUAAACAAUUCAAGACGGAUUCGUGAUUGCAAAUUUUAUAAAAAUGUACACGAGAUAAGAGUCAGGGUGAGACGCAGAGUUAGCACUUGUCGCUUUAAUUACUUGCGUAAAAUACCGUUAAAUCAAUCUCGCUCAUUAGAAUAUCUAGGAAAAUAGGUAUAGAAACCAUGAGAUCAAGUCGAAUUGCGUGCAACAGGUCGAAUCUUGUACUUGGCAUUUUAUCGCCAUAACUUGUCCUUACAAGAAAGUCACACAAACUUCACCAAUUCCCCAUGUCAUUUUUUUUUUUCAUACGUACGUCGCAUGGUUUUAAUUUCCUCAUCAUUCACAUAAUAUCAAGUGUCUUUACUUGAAUGCAGUUUCAGGGCAUAACACGGUGAAAUGCACCCUCACGUGUUUUUCACGUUUUUUAAUUUUUUUUUCCACUCGUAUAAUCACAUGUGGAAAUCUAUGUGAUUUUUCUGUACAGGGUUUGUUUUGUUUUGUUUGUUGUUGCUUUAAGCAUACUUUUAAAAAGACAGAACGAUGAGGAAACACAGGCAUCGAUAGUUCAGCUGCUCACAUCUACAUCACAUCCCCUCCUUGUCUUCCCUGUAUCACUUCACCCCUUCUCUGCUGUGCGUGUGCUGCAUAAAGGGGGUGGUUCCUAGGGCCUACGUCAGGUCUCAAUGCUGUGUACAGUUUUAAAACGAUGACUUUGUACUCUAUGAAUGCAUGUUGUUGUUGUUGUUUUGUUUUGUUUUUUUCCCUUGCGAGCAAUAAGGAAUGUCUGUAUGAGUAUUAAGAAUGUUUUGAUAAGAAAACUGAUUUUAUCUGAAGCUUUAUGUAUGUGUAUAUUCAUAUGGGUGUGUACAUAUGGAUGUGUAAAUAUUCAUAUGCACAUACAUAUUUAUGACUUGCAUGAUGGAGGUGUUUGGAAUUUUUUGUUUUGUUUUGUUUUAAAAAAAAAAAAGAGAAAGAAAUCAAUCUUCUUGAAGGGGCGGGGCUUAAUUGUGCAUGCUAAGAUGCUAUCAGGUGGCAGAGACCAUAAUAACUGUAAAAUCGGGUUGUUGUUGGGGUUUUUUUUUUCUUUGUGGAAUAAUGUUGUAUUGGGGCAUGUCUGAACUCUGUAAUCUUUGAUUUGUCACUCUGUUAGCGCUCGGUAGCCUUGUGAUCAUUUCAUGAUGGAUUUUUUUAUUUUUUUUUCAUCUUUUCACAGAGAACUAUUCUGAAAGCCCACUGCUUAUCAGAUAUAUGCAAAAAGAAGCUGUAACUGUGAAGUAAUCUAGAACAGGAAACUCCAUUUCUCCCUUCACGUGCACGCUCCCGAAUGAACACCCAACCUCUCAAUCACCCCCCCCCUCCCUGUAACAAAGGCUCCUUCCUCACCAACCUCUCUAACCUUAUCCCCAUUUUUAUUUGUCUUUGGGCCCUUAUCUUCUUUUCAUCAUAUCUUCUUUUCAUGCACUAAGUCCUGUUCUUCCCCCCCCCCCCC